AGUUUUGAUAGCCAACAGCUUGAUUGAAGGUUGGCAAAAGUAUAAUUACGCAACAUGAAGAAGCAAGAGAAUCCGUCACUUCGAUAUGCUCGAUACUUUUGGGGAUCCCUCCUUGGAUUCACAAUUUUAUUAAUCUUUGAUAUAAUUACUGGAUUUGGAGUCACUAGCGCAGUCAUAGGCUUCUUAUUCCCAGGAAAAGUAAUAAACCUAAAGGAACCAACCGAUCGUCCAAUUAUCCUUCCAAUGCGUAAAGAAGAUGUCAAAAUUCCACCAACAUUAAAUGAUCCUUAUGAUGACCUCAGAGUCCUCGUUGUGGGUGAAAUUCCAGAAAAAUUUAAAAAUAUUAUAAUCAACAAGCAUCACCUCGAUGUGCCCUCAAAUCCCACAAUGAAGGAAUUCUUGAAUAUGACAGAAGACGAAUACAUAUCAUCACUAGAAAGAUUCCAGAAUCGAAUCUCACAACAUGAAAUGUAUCCAGAAGAUGACAGACUGGUUCAAAGAGUUCUGCAUAAUUUAGCUACUGCAAAAUUUAAUGAAUUAUAUGAAAAGUCAGGAGGUACACAAUUCAAGAUGAUUGUUAAAUACGAAAACGGCUAUCGAGCACUUUUCAAACCAAUGAGACUUCAACGCGAUCAGCAAGCAGCAUCAAGUCAUUACUACUACAACGAUUAUGAAAGACAUAAUGGAGAAAUUGCUUCAUAUCACCUUGACAAAAUUUUAGGAUUUCGCCGUGCAAUUCCGAUGGUCGGUCGUAAAAUAAAUUUAACAUCCGAAAUGUUUCCACUUGUUGACGACGAAUUAGCAUCAACAUUUUAUAUUUCACCGUCUGGUAAAGUCUGCUUUACUGGCGUCUGUGAUGUUUUUUGUGACACAAGUCAUGGAAUUUGUGGAGAUCCAUACAUGCUUGAAGGAUCGUUUGCUGCCUUCUUACCGAGACAUAAAAAUGCUACGAGAAAGGUGUGGAGACAUCCAUGGAGACGAUCGUACUCGAAAAGAAGAAAUGUUGAAUGGGAAUGGAAUGAUAAUUUCUGUGACAAGGUUAAGCAAAUCUUUCCAUACAGUGAGGGUCGACGAAUGUUGGAUUUAAUGGACAUGGCAAUUUAUGACUUCUUGAUUGGUAAUUUAGAUAGGCAUCACUACGAAACAUUCAAGACAUUUAACACAAACGAGACAUUUACUAUACAUUUGGAUCAGGGUCGUAGUUUUGGUCAACCAUUCCAUGAUGAAUUAUCGAUUCUUAUUCCAUUGAAGCAGUGCUGCAUGGUUCGCAAAUCAACAUUGAAGACAUUACUUGAUUUCCACAAAGGUCCACAAAAAAUGUCUGAUGCAUUGCGGGAAUCGCUUAAAGAUGAACCGGUCGCACCAAUCUUAUGGGAUCCACAUUUUGAUGCACUUGAUAGAAGAAACGUAAUAGUUCUUGAACAUAUUAGGAAUUGCUUGAAGGUGGAUGACGAAAAAUAAAUCAAAAUUUAAUUCAUCGUGGCUAUGGAUGUUUUACAAAAAGUAACACAG